AUGCAUCUUGCUCGCACACAGGCUGCAGGUCCCUUGAACGCUCUGUUCGCAGUGGAACUGCGCGCCAGGCAGCGAACGUUUGAUGGGGCGUAUGCGCGGACAGCUCUGGUGAACUUCGGGUAUGCCCUCACCAUCUUGCGUCUGUUCGACAAACGAUUCGCUCGAAUCGGCCUCGUAUACACUGUCCUUGGGGUUGCGUUGGCGGUCAUCUCGUUCUUCCGAAACUUGGGACCACGCGAUACUACUGUUGGGCAAACAGGAAAGCGGAACUUCGGGCGGCCUUUCAUCACUGCUGGGUGGAUGGUCAUUGCAGUGACGAUAGUCGUCGCUGCAGUCGAGAUCAGUUUGCUUGUCCUUGUUUUCGAUGUUCAGAUAGCUGGCACCAGGAUAUGA